UUGAGAUUGACAGCAACUCUAAAGGCAGGUUCACGUUGCCAGGUUCAAAACAAGAGAGUAUCCAACAUCUGCCAACAUAACUUGAUUUCCUGUUGGAUAAAGGGGAGGGGAGUAUUCCUAGAAACAACAAAACCAGUUACAGAAAUGGACUGCCAUUUUUCUAUCUGGGGAGUUUUGGCCUUCCUGAGUUUGGCUCUGCUUGUUUCAUUGACACUGAAUAUUUCACACUGUAUGAAAAAGAAGCAAGCUAAAAUGCAUAAAGACUAUGAAGAGAACAAUCCAAGCUAUGAUGGCUAUGACACAGAAGAUUAUCCAGUUUAUGGCAAUCUCAAUCAAGAUAUUUUAGAAGAAUGUUGUUACGAGCAGAUGAAGUCCCGGCCUCAAAGACCAGUUAAUCAGCUACAGGUGGAGUCUGCCAAUCAGAUGUGUUAUGCCUCACUUAAUCACAGUGCCAAGGGAAAAUGCAGAAAACCAAGGAGAAAGAAAGAUCCUUCAUUAGAAGAAGAUGAAGAAAGAUCACCUAACCCCAGGGUGGCUUCCAAAGUUAGCAUUUACCUCAACAGCGAGCAGCUGGCUGCUGAAAACACAGCAAAAGUAGAAGCCAUUCAUGAUGAUCCCAUCAGAUUAAUGGGCUUGAUUCACAGCACAAAGGGGGAGAACUGAAUAUGCAAUGAGCCAAAGAUGUAACAAUAAAGUGAGAUUUGCUUUUUCAUUCUAGAGGAACAAUGAAGGAUUAGGGAUAAUAUUCCAGAAAGCUGACAUACUAAACAGUGGUAUGAAAUGGGUAAGUUAAGUGUUCCAAACUGCCUGCCAAGCAUAUUUAUAGACUAAGCAAGACACAGGUCCAGACUGCCACUCAGAUGCAUCUGCCUUUCAGAAGAAAAUUUGAAAAAGCUGCAGAAGCUGAUAGCUCAGCAUUCACAUGGUUGUGGUUCCAGUAAAAAUUGAUCCUGUUUUCAACAAUCAUCAACUUUCAAGCACUUCUAAAAGACCCCCUUGCUGUCUAUACAGCUCAAGCAGAGUACAAUUCUAUAUUAACUGCAAUACUUUUGAAAUGAGAUUGUUUCAUUCUUGCACACUUGGUGAUUAGCUGUUUUACCAAUUAAGAACUGAUCUGCUGCUCCACACUGUGAGCUUUGUGACUGCGACUGGUCUAUGGCAAUGACUGGAGAAUAAUUUAACAGCUGAUUUAAAGUAGUAAUUGUACAUUUCAUGAGACUUAGCAGUACCUUUAUAUACCUUUAAUUUCCUCUAGCAAUAUUAGAAUACAUCUCAAAUCUCAACUCCUCUACUAGUGUUAUAUUGUAUACAGCUGUAUUCAAGGUUCCACAAAGAUAUUAUUGAACCAUCUAUAACAAUAAAUCCAGGGAGGAUUUCUUCCUUCUAAUACUCUAUGUUAUGUUUACAUUCCUAUGGGGUUUUCCAUUGCCAUCCUUACUAUUUUACAAAAACAAAGAGCUUCUUAUUUCCCCAAACCCUUCACUCACUGUGUGCACAUUCAUUUGAAGAAUAAACUCUGUAAAUGGUAACUUUUUAUAGAGUGGUUAUCUAUUUUUAUAUUCUGGGAGUCAUUAAGCAGUUGCAGCAGGAAACAAUAAAGCAAGUUGAUGUAAUGUGUCUGCCUCUAGGUGUCAGACACUCCCACCUUCGCAAAAAACUAGGAUAUUGGAGCCUUUAAAAUCCACACAGAGCAGUGCCUAGGAGCUUGAAACUAUGAAGCACACAAAGCCCUAAAACUGUGUGAGGUUCUGAAAGAGAUAGUCCUGGAAACAAAAGUCCCAUAGUACAGAGAACCAACACCUUUUAACAGCAGAAAUGGAUAGACACAUCAAGGGAUGAGACAAAUAAUGGGAAAAAAAAAUAAAAAAAAU